CAUUUUGAAAAGGCAAAAAAAUUUGGAGCGUCUCGGGCGGUUUGAGGUGCGAAGAUGGGUUUCUGAAGCGAGGUUUUUUUUCCGUCGAGGCGGAUUUUGUUUUGGUCGAGGGGCGAGCGGCGCGCCAUCUGGUGGCGAGGAUGGAUCGCAUCCACGGUGCGCUUGGAUUGGAUGCGAUGUCCGAGCUAGAAAAUCAAUUAUCGACAUAAUUAAGUGUUUGUGGUGUUAAACUGUUGACAAACGCUUGGAUUCGGCCGUUUUCUCGGCGAGGUGUUCGAGAAAAAGGCGCUUUGGAAGUGGUGUUGAGGGAAUUUUAUUUGCAAGUUGUCAUGGCGGCUGGAGCGUCAGCCAAUGGGAGCGCGGCUAUCGUCGGUUGUUAGGUGUUCUUUUUCGCUUGUGGGAUACGCGUCAUCCGAAGAAUUAAGUGCGUCCUUCUAGCCAGAGGAGCGAUUUGAGGGCCCGAUUCGAGGGAUUGUCCCGAAAUCGAUGACUCGAACCGAGAUGGGGCUCAGUGAGUGGUAAAUGGGCGCGUAAAAUGUGUUUGAUGUUGUUUGUCACGUGACGUAGCCGAUUUAGUAUGGCGAAAAGAUCGACUGGACGACCAUGAAUCGUUUCGAGCAGCAUUUUUGACAUUCACAUUUGUAUACAAACGUUUGGUGAACUACCACGUGCAUUAUUGACAGUUUCACAACACGAUGUCAACGAGAGGCCUAAAGAAGCGGGGGCGGCCCCCCAAGGUCCAGGUCGCCGAAAGGACCAAAAAAUUCCAGUAUCACCUCCUGAAAAAGCCGAAAUAUCUCCUAAAUUACAACAAGGGCUCGGACUCGCAGUCCAGCACGCCCAACGCGUCGAGGGCGUCGUCCCCGCAGGGCAGCGACACGGGGAGGCGCAGCAGCAACCGCAUCAGGGGCAAAGACGGGCACAGAGCGGGCCGCAGGCCCGGCUACACGGGCUCGAGUUACCAGCGCCGGGGCUACAACACCUCCGGAGCCGAAUACCAGGACUCGGAGUACCACUACGGCUCCGACUUCGGCGACGACUCCAGCGACAACAAGAGCGAAAUCGAAGACGAACUGGGACUGAGUGAGAGUGAAUCGGACAACUCCGUCGGGGACGCCAGCAGUGAUAGUGACUUCUCGUUGAGCAGUUACAGUACUAUGAGUGGCACGCCGCGGAGGGCUCUCGCGGCCGCGUCGAGACCCAUCACCCCCGAGCCCCUGUGGCUGCAAAACCGCGAAAUCCCGUCGCUGACGCUACCCAAGUCGUCGGACGAUCUCCUAGUGCCCAGAGAACACGUCAUGUCGAUACUUAGCAUUUACGAGGUCUUGAGACACUUUCGAAAUUUAGUCCGGUUGUCGCCGUUCCGGUUCGAGGAUUUUUGCGCCGCGAUCAUCUGCGAGGACCAAAGCAGCCUCCUCGCGGAGGUCCACAUCAUGCUCCUCAAGGCGCUACUCCGGGAGGAGGACUCGCAACAAACGCACUUCGGACCCCUCGACCAAAAAGAUAGCGUCAACAUCUCGCUCUAUUUAAUCGAUUACGUUACAUAUCCGGAAGUUUUGCGAAGCUACGUCGAGAGCGACAAAAAUUUCGACCAAAAAGUCAUGCACAUUUUAAGCAGUACCGAGUAUCCGUUUUCCACGCUCGACGACAGAAUAGCGGUUUUGCAGUUCUUAACUGAUCAAUUCUUAACCACUAACCCGGUUAGGGAAGAUUUGUUAAGCGAAGUUCCCAUGCACUAUGAUGACCACUGUCGGGUUUGCCACAAACUUGGAGACCUCCUGUGUUGUGAAACUUGCCCGGCAGUUUACCAUCUGGAGUGCGUGGAUCCCCCCUUAGUAAACGUACCUGAAGAAGAUUGGCAGUGUGGCAUCUGCAGGUCACACAAAGUCUCUGGCGUAGUUGACUGUGUGUUAGACAUAGAAAAACAAGGUCAGCUCUCUAGACAAGAACAUCUAGGCUAUGACAGACACGGAAGAAAAUACUACUUCCUCUGCAGGAGAGUUUUUGUUGAGUCAGACACCGGCGAAGUUCAUUACUACACAACCCGGACUCAGUUCGACGAGCUCCUAAAAAUUUUUGACACGAGUGACAUGGAAGCCACCCUUUCCAGAGAACUAAACGACUACAAAGACGAAAUUUACCGUCAAAUGGAACUCACCGAAAAACUAACAAACCAACUAAAAGGCAACAAGAAGACUUACCUAGACUCGGAAAACGCCUUGAUAAUCAAAACCAACAAAGAAAUCGAAGAUCGCCUCGAAGAAGAACGCAAAGAAAGAGUUCGUCAGAACGCCGAAGACAUGGUGGCGAAAAUGCACGAAGAAAGCUCCGACGGUUUCCCGCAAGCGGUUAGCGAAGAAACCGUGGAGACCUCCACACCCCCCACAAACCCCGACCCACCCACCACCGAAGACAAAAAAGACAACGAAGAAGACAAAGAUUCUAAACCCAAAGUCGACGCAACAACACCAAAGAACUUCAACAUUGACGAACUGCGCAAACGAACCAGUACUGUUUUGACCCGGGACGAAUUGGAAAAAAAUGGUGACGCGUCAAGAAUGACCCGACUUAAGUCCAGUCAAAUCGCCAACGGCACCUACUUGUUCAAACUCGGGAUGGAGAACACCUUCAAGUCUUACGUGAACCAGUUCACCACCAACGUCAUAGCUUUAAAUAAACCGCAGAGGAACGAAGAGCGCGAUAAGAAGCGCCACUUGUCGCAUAAAUUUUCCUUGACGACGGCCUCCGAGUUCAAAUGGUCGGGUGCUUUGAGCGGCAACAGAACCGUCCUUUUGAACACUUUGAGACAGACGUUCUUACAACUGGAGCAGUCGAUCCAGUCGGCGUACAUGCACCCGAAUUGGCAGUUGUUGCGGAAGCACUGGUUGAACGUGGUGGGGAGCUGUCAGCAACCUAAAGAUUUUGCGCGAGCUUUAAUCGUUCUACAGGCUUGCAUAAAACCGGUCGUUUUCGCGAACGUGUGGCAUGAACAGUUAGGACACAUUAAACUUUCAAGGAUAACGGCGGUGGAGAGGGAGGAGCGCAAGAAGAUGGAAAAGAGGGAGAAGAAGGAGCGGGAGGAGGAGGAAGAGAGGAAUCGCAUGUUGAUUAGUGGGUACGUGAAGUACACGAUGGGGUUCAAGCACCAGCUGUGGAAACAAAAAGGGGAGGAGUACAGGAUUCACGGAAGGUGGGGGUGGUUGUGGCUGUCCACUUCGCGGAAUUUUAAACAUGUCAAUUCGAACGAAAUGGGGUUGGCUGCGGAGCCGCUGAAGUACAUGGUGCAGAUUGACGACGGCACGGGGGUGAAAUUACUAGGGUUGGAACCGCCAAUAUACAACUACGCCGUCAAUAAAUACGGGGGAGACAACGACAACAAGGAUAGCGAUUCAGAUUUGAAAAAUUUGAGGGUAGUGCCUGUGCCGCAGUGUUUCGAGGACAUUGACGUUUCUAAAGCGUUACAGACGAAAAGUCGUCUACUAUAUCCAAAAGUAGCAAAGAAAUCAAAAUUGGACGAUUUCUUGCCAAGGCGUCUGCAACUAAAGACACUCGAGGAACGCAAAAUAGCCCAAACCAAAAGCGAAGACAAUCAAAAAGAAGACGAAACGAUUGACAUUGAUGGGGACGAAGCGGAAACCAAUAACGACACAGUUCUGGGUUUAGAUAAACAACUGAAUAACAUGCUAGUGGGAAAAGUUACUCUACCGAAUAAUACUCCUCAGACGGCUGCCAACAGAGAAGUACUCAAUUCCAUAGCCAAAAAGAUCCACUCGUUGCGUCUUCAGUACACUUCUAUAUCUAAACUGGCGAAAGACUUUCAGUGUUACUCUAAAGGUUGUAACUCGAGCGGUAGCACCAACAUCGAAACUAAUUGUUACUCACCGUUGUGUAUUCAAAGGAUUAAAGUCAGACGCGAGUUGUUGGCACUACUGCGAAAAGCGAACCUCGCGACGAACUCCAACGCCAUCAAGCUAUCAAACUCGCCGAUAACGGUGAACAAAAAGCCGUCGAUUCUUGAACAGACGCUCAAGGCGCCGCAACAAACCACCGCUAGAGACGUCCCGACUGAGUUUACUAAUUUACUCAAAGCCGCGCCUGCGUACGUCGAUGAACUCGAAGGAGUUUGCACACUCGGCGUGCCCGUAAUCAAAAGCGACGAAAUCAAGGAAGAACUAGACGAGAAAAAAGAUAAACCGAAGAAAGUGGAAAGCGGGGUCGAUAUUAUCACGACGACGGAAAGCGACGGGGUGUCGGAUAGCCCACCUAGGAAAAAAUUUAAGUCGGAGAGUGACGUGGACAUGGAGGAUAUGUCGCCCGAUGAUAUUAAAGAAAUGAUUCUAGGGGGUGGCGCUCCGCUCAAUAAGAAAAGUAUAACUAUUACGACCACGACUACCGCGACUGUUACAACGCAGCAGACCAUCGUCGAUGGUGUGGUUAAAAGCAUGUCUGCGAGCGAAAGCACCUCGGAUACCGUCACGGUGUGUUCAACUGGUAGUACCAUUCAAACCAUGAAUGCGAAAACCUCGGUUUAUAGCGCCCAGCAAAACCGUAGGUUUUGCGCCUUCAAGAACGUGGUGAAGCGUGAAGAGAAAACCAUCAAGAAAGAGCACGCCGAAGACGGCUCCGAGCGAGUGUAUAGUCGAAUUUCCACUGAAGGUAAAAUUUACUUGAAGCGGGUACCGAGUCAGAGCGAAAGUAAGCGCAAGAAGCGACAGGUGAUCAAGUACCCUGUGUGUUCGACGUAUAAGACGAAGAAAAAUAAAGGGUCGUUGUUGGUUUUGCCGCAGCACGAGGUGAAGAAGUUGGCGCGGCACGCCGGCCGCAUCCACAUUAACGGUUACCACGCUCUAGCCAAACCCAACAACUCCGUGUGGCCUUACCCUUGCGCCCGACCCUUAUUCAAAACGUGCUGGGUCUACCGCACCGGUAACAUCCGCCUAUUGGCGGCGGUGGCCCUUCAACUACGUAUUCUAUGGUCGUGUUUGAGGUGGGACGACAUGCAGACGAAGCCCCCCAACGCCGAAGGCAAACACCAACUCACCACAGAAACCGAGAUCUUGUCGCUCGAGUUGUUGAAGCACCGGCACGUCGGUCAGUUCAUGGAACGCACGCAAUACUUGAGGCGAAAAGUGGUGAUCCCUCUCGAGUUGCCAAAGACAGUUAGAGAAGUUACGUCGAUUAGGAGCGGUUUGCGCAAGCGUAAGCGACCCGAGUCGCCCCAGAGCACCGACCCGCAAGUCACGGAGGAGUGGGUCGACGAGGACAAGCUCGAGCUUUGGGAGAUCAAGCAGUACGGAGAAAGGAUUGAGAAGGCUAAUGCACAAGUUAUAACUAGGAGUCGCACGGGGAAUCUGCCGCCGGCGAAGGCCGUCGUGGACGCCACCGAACUGAACAAAGUCACAGUAUCAGGCAAGGCGAGCGCGGAAGAAAUCAAAGAGAAGAUGGAGCAGCAGUUGCGGCUGCAAAGGGCGGCACAUCAGCAGAAGCGCGCCUUGGAAAUCAAGAACUCGCCGGGACAGAUCAUCAAAAUGGUCGGGAGUACGGCUCAAGCUGCCACUACUACUGCUACAAAACCAAGCACCACAACCACUCCAAUACAACCUAAAGUGACGACGACUCCGGAUGGACAGAUGAAGAUCGUUAAAAACAUCGCCAAUCAACCCGUGGUUAGUGGUAAAACAACCUUGACGUCAUUGUUGACGUCAAACAGCAACAAGCUAGUCGGUCGUCGAUUGUUGAUGACGAAAGCGGCGGACGGUACGACGAGGGUCGUCGCCAACGCAGCCAAUAUCUUGCCCAAGAACCUACAAAAUGCUCAACAGAGUCUCAUCAAAGUGCAAACCACAGGUGCUCAACCUACGCUACAGACAGUCCAAAUACAGCAGCCAGUUACCACAACCGCCACGCCGGUAAAACAAUCCGAAACCCCGCAAAGGGUCCAAAUAAUGCGAACACCGGAUGGUCGCAUUACCGUUAAGGGUCUUUUGCCCGGUCAGCAGUUGGUCCAGUAUCCAGACGGCAAACUCCAAGUGAUGACCAACGCUCAGUUACAAUCGUCGGGAUUGGCGGUUAAAACACCCACCACCACCACACCCAUCAAACCAUUGAUUAAACCAUCGCCGAAUACUUCCUUAGGUAAAGUGGUUGUGCAGGGAAACCAACUGAAACCGGCCAACCAGCAACAGACCCAACAGAGCCCCGUCAAAACCCAACAAGUCAUCAUGAAAACCCCCACAUCCUCAGUAGUGCAAAAAGUGGCCAGUCCGAACACCGUCGUCGUCAGCGGCGGCCAAGUCAUCCAACAACAAGUCGUCAUCAGCGGCAACCAAGUCAUCGGCACCCCCACCGGCCAACAGGUCAUCACCAACCAGAUCGUCGUCAACAACCAGAGCCUGGCGCAACAAAUCGCCUCCGGCAAGGUCCAAAUGGCGACGAUCAACGGCCAACAAGUCCUGAUUCGUCCGACGGGCAACAACCAGGCCCAAGUGGUGGCCCAGUUGACGCCGGGUAACCUGACCCAGUUGAACACGGGUCAGACGGCCGUCGCGACGCCCGUGAAACAAGUGGUUUCGCAACCGCAACAGGUCGACAGUCCCAAGGUAGUACAAACGCCCCAGCCGCAGAUCCAACAGCAGGUGAAAACGGCCACUCCGAGGGAGAGCGUGAGCCAGAACGACCAGGCGACGAUGGAGCAGCUCCUGGCCGGUCAGCCCCCGGGCACCGUCAUCAAGUGCGUCACCGCGCAGGUCAUACAGACGCCGCAGGGGCCGCGGAUCGUCCUGCAGGGGCUGCAAGGGGCGGACUUCACGCCGCAGCAGCUGGCGGCGGUGCAACAGCAGGUCAAGCAGCAGCUGCUCAAAGCGCAAGCGUCGACCGGGAAGCAGGGUGUCCUGGGGCCUACGAAGAUCUACCUCGCGGUGCAGCCGAGCAACCCCGACCAGUCGCAGUCCGAGGGUGUGUCUAGCCAGCCGCCGCCGUUAGCUCCCGUCCAGCAGAGCGUCGUGCAGUCGCCGCCGACGUCCGCCAAGACGCAGCCGCAGCCCAGCGUCGUCAAGCAGGCUGCGUCAACAGUACAGCAGGUAUGCAACAUGACCCCCAAGCCCAAGGUGAUAGUGCAACCUGCUAAUCAGACGAACGAAAACGUGACAACUUCGGGUCGUCAGGUUCUUGUGAAUGGGCAGCAGUCGCAGACUUCUGCUCUACUUCAGGCGAUGAAAGCGAAUAUGGAGUCUAAUCAGGGUGUUACGACGACGUCGCCGACGCAGCAACAACCGCAGCAGCAACAGCAAACUGCCGCCGGCGACCAGAAUAAGCAGUUUGUCGUCACACCCGACUAUAUUCAGCAAACGAUCAAAACUGCACUUAAACAAGAAAACCUUAAUCCCGAAAUCGAAGAAAAACUCUUGCAGCUACAACGCUACCAGGAAAAGCAGAUGAAGCAAGAACCGGACAUUCCCGCACCAGUCGCCAAAGUUAACAAUCCAGUGCCGGUUACUAACACGCGAUAUAACGUUUCCCGUAAGCGGACGCCCAGUGCCAGUAGGAACGAUGACAGUGAUUGGGUGAUGGAGACGCCGAAGCGAUCGCGGCCGAACAGAAACAGCGAAAACAAAAAAAUAGAUGACGUACACGACACCAGCAAAGAAAAAAUCGUCUCACCCCGAGCCCGCGUGAAGUUAAAAGAAGCCCAAGAGCAGGACCGGAAAGUCACUCAGCGAACAAAAAUCCUGGUCAGUCUUUACCGCCAAAAAGAAUUCCUCAAGAAAGACAUCCUCCGGAAGAGGGCGCUCCUCGAGAAGGAAUUGCAGUACGAAAUCCAGAAAGAAGUAGCCGAAGAGUUGGCCGCACGCACGAAAAUGGAACGGAGCAAGCAAGACGAAGUGCGCACAGGCAGCAGCAAGCGAAAAUCCGCAGCUACGGCGACGACGGCCGUCAUACCGCAAGUCACCAAGUCGGCGCGCCAGAAAAAGGGCCAGAAGCAAACGCAAGCGACGCAGAACGCGGCGGCCCAAAGGGCCGCCAUUAAAAAAGAAAAGUUGUACUGUAUAUGUAGGACGCCGUACGACGAAACGAAGUUCUACGUCGGGUGCGAUCUGUGCAGUAAUUGGUUCCACGGCGACUGCGUGGGAAUCACCGAGGAGAGCAGUCGGACGCUGACGGAGUUCGUGUGCGACGAGUGCAAGCAGGCGAAGGACACGGAGAAGCUGUAUUGCUUGUGUCAGCAACCGUACGACGACUCCCAGUUUUAUAUUUGUUGUGACCGGUGUCAGGAUUGGUUCCAUGGGAGGUGCGUGGGGAUACUGCAGUCGGAAGCCGACAACAUCGACGAGUACAUCUGCCCGAGGUGCCAGCGGAAUUCGUCGGUGAAUUUCGCGAAUAUGAAGGAUUUGUCCCAGAAGGACUUCGAGUCGCUGAAGAAGCUGAUCAAACAACUGCAGGCCCACAAAAGCGCCUGGCCGUUUAUGGAACCUGUGGAUCCAACUGAAGCUCCAGAUUAUUAUAAAGUUAUCAAGGAGCCCAUGGAUCUCCAAAAAAUAGAGAAUAAAAUUAAUGAUCAAGUUUACACGAAACUGAGUGAGUUUAUAGGGGAUAUGACUAAAAUUUUUGACAACUGUCGAUAUUAUAAUCCAAAGGAAUCUCCAUUUUUCAAGUGUGCAGAGUCUUUAGAAGCUUACUUUGUGAAUAAAAUAAAAUGCUUAAGAGAUAAGUUUAUGGAGACCAACAAAUGAUUACUUUCUUAAAAGAGCUUUUUUUAUUGUUAGGCAAUAAGAGCGUACGCGGGAUUUCAAGUUGGUUUGUAAAGAUCUCAGUUUAAAAUAAGCGACUUGAAAUCUUUAUAAAACAAUUUUUGUAUAUAAGUUGUGAAUAUGUGUAUGAAUGAUGCGAUUUAAUUUCGAUUUAAUAGUUAGAUCCUAUUUUUAAAGUCUUGUAUUAUUUAUAUUUAAAUUAAUAAACUUGUUUAAGUUUCUUUUAUAAAUUAUUUUUUCAGAGUUCAAAAUGUAGUCUAUUUAUAUAAAAUAUUAUAUAUAUAGCAUCUAUUCUGAAUAGUUAGUGCCAUUGUAGAUAUUGUGU